AGAAGAGCUGCAGUUAUUUGUUAUGAUUUUUAGAAGCAGCCUUCCUAUCGUAAAUAUGUUUCGACAGGACGGGGCUGGUGUCGUUGCUGUAUUUAUCAUAUCUUUAUAAACUUGGGAAAUAAGCUAAAAUACUCUUUCGGUUUCAGGUCAACGGCUGGUUUGACCAACUGCCGUUAACGGUACAGAUUGUAGGGCUGUUAAAUCCCCUUGAAUUCACCUUAAACCAGCAGAGGAGCAGUUACAACACAGCCUUGUGUAGGCACUGUCCACCCGCCCUCCACCGUGGAGGGAAACGCAGCAGAGACAGCCGGACAGACGGGCCACAGGAUGCCUCUGUUCUUCAGGAAGAAGAAGCUCAGCGAGGAGUCCCAGAAGAGGCUGGAAUAUCAGCUGUGCCGGACUAAGGAGGCGGGGGCUGAUGACACCCUGGACGUGUCGGCCUGUGAGCUCUCAGAGGUUCCCUCGUCGGCCUUUUCCAUUUGCAAGGUGCUACAGAAGAAGGUCCUGAUCCUCCACAACAACGAGCUGAGCUCCCUGCUGCCCAAAGGAUGUGACAUCAGCACUCUCGCUACUUUAAAGGUUCUGGAUCUGCAUGACAACAAGCUGACUUCCCUCCCAGAAGACAUUGGGAAGCUGGCGUCACUGCAGAUUCUGAAUGUGGAGAAGAACCGUCUGAAGGCCCUGCCGGAGAACAUCGGGGACCUGAGGCUUCUGCAGACACUCAAUCUGAAAGGUAACUCUCUGAGUGAGCUGCCGUCCUCCAUUGGUUCUUUGAGAAGCUUACGCACUCUGGACCUGAGCGACAACAACAUCGUGCAGCUGCCCAAAGCUCUCGUCUACAUCCGCACUCUAGAGAGCUUCACACUGGACGCUGCCACCAUGACCUACCCUCCUGCCUCUGUGUGUACGGAGGGAACGGAGAGCAUCCAGCGCUUCCUGUGCUCUGAGCUGGGAGAGGAGUACUGCCCCCCCUCCCAGUACCUGCUGCCAGUGCUGGAGAGUGAGUGCGGCACACACUCCGACUGUGUGGACGCUCUGGACGAGGCCUGGAAGAGCAAAUUCAACGACUACGAGAAGAGAAAGGAGCAGAAGCAGCAGGAGAAGCUGGCCUUUGAGUGGCAGCUGGAGGAGAAGAAGAAGGAGCACACCCAGAUUAUGCUCAUGAACAACUCCCGCAAGGAAAACGUCCUCAUCUCAGUCCGGCAGGAGCAAGAGCGUCUUGAGCUGGGCGUCAGCCAGCAGCAGAGGACUCAGGAGGCCGAGAGGCUGCUGGUUCUGGAGAGAGUCCGACAGGCUGAGGACGGCAUCAGCUGCCGCAUCAGCACCAUGCUGAUGGACAAGAGCAGGCUGAAAAAGAGUGCAGAGUUUCUUCAAGCUAUGGAGGAGGAUCGGAUCCGUUUGGAGCAUCUGACGGCCAUCACACAGGAAGAAACCAACUCCCUGAGGAAGAGGGAGGUGGCAGUGGCCAUGCAGAAGAUGCUGUCGGAAAGCUGUAUGAUCAGCAUCCUCCAGGAGGCCAGUGACUUCCGCAGGAGGAGCCUGGUCAAUGAGGCCCACAGAAGUAUGGAGAGCUUGGAAAGGAAGUUCGAUAAAGUGCUUUCCCUCCAAGUUUUGGACAAAUCUAAAGCCAUCGCUCACAUCAUACAGGAGGAGGAGAUGCAGAUAGCAGCGUUCCAGGCCCUGCAGCUGCAGAAAGAUGCCGUUCACGGUUACAUCCGCAACCAGAUCAAGCUCAUAGAGACUGAGUUAAAGCAGCUGACUAGGUUGGAGAUUAAAAGGCGUACUCUGAAUGCUGAGAACCUGCAGGAGGUUCUGGUGGAGCAGAGGACCGCUCUCAGUGAUCUGCUGCAGCAGCUUCUGAAGCAGAAGGAGCAGAGAGAGCAGGAGCUGCGGCAGGUUCUGGUGGAGAUGGAGCGCAAGUCGGCGUCCAACCAGCAGAACUACUGGAUGAUCCAGUACCAGAGGCUGCUGGACGCUAAGCCGCUGUCACUACGCAUGCAGGAAGCGGGCGUGGAGAAAGAGUUGGUCAACCUGCUGUGCAAACUGUCCGCUCAGCACUACCUGCCCAUCAUGGCUCACCAUCGAGUGACGACUGAGGCCCUGCGCCACAUGACCGCCUCCGACCUCAAGAAGCUUGGCAUUAGUGAGAUAGGAAUCCAGAAGGCUCUUCUGAACUGGGCUCGGGAACACCACCCUGAAGGAGCUGGUAAGGCUGUCCAGCUGGAGGAGGAAGAGGAAGAGGUCCACCCCACAGCUCCAUUCCCUCGUUCUCCUCUUUCGCUUCCCACCACCUCCACCUUCCAGCUUCCCAGCCCCCCCCUCACCCCGGGGAGCCCCGUCACCCCCUCAGCCCCGAGCCCAGUGGAGGGGCCGGGGAUCUCGGAGUGUGUGGUCUGCAUGGAGACCGGGUCUCAGGUCAUCUUCCUGCCCUGUGGUCAUGUGUGCUGUUGCCAUGGCUGCAGCGGGGCGAUGCAGAGCUGCCCUCUGUGUCGCAGCAACAUAUCUCAGCGCGUCCGCCUCUACACCAGCUAGGACCCCCUGCACGGUGCAUCUCUCUAUGUUUAUGCAUGGUUAUAAAGCUGCUGACAUGUAAACAAAGGCUUCUGUCAGAUAAUCCAAGAGCUGAGUCACUUUCCUGUAUUAACCAAACAGUAAUCUGUGAAGCAGAAACAAGACUGACUCGGAUCAUUUUAAUGUGUUGGCAUCCUGUUUUAUUUUUAAAUUGAAUAUACUUUUAUUGCUGUAUUAUAUAUUUAGAGCCGAGUGGACUCCACCACCCACUGACUGUUCUCUGCCUUAUCAUCUGUUCAAUUGAUGUGUGCCUUUUUCUAGAAAUAUCUUUUUAAAUACUAUGUGUCUGUGUCGUCCACUGAAGAUAUACCUAUCCAAUAUUAUAUACGAGUCAUUUCCUGUAAUUGCUGGUUGCCCUCAUCUAUUGCCAUCACUAAUCUACUGUUACCAUGGGUACCUGUAUAUCACUUCAUAUCAACACAGGUUGAGGGGACCCUCAUUUCUCAGCUGCUGUGCACGAUCAGUCCCUCCCACUCUCUAUAUCACAUGACUAUAAAUCCACAGCUGUUUCAUACAGUGUAAAAUGGCCCAGGUUCGGUGUGUGGAAAUGUAAAAAUGUGCACUAAAGGGAACUGAUUUUAGAUUUAGAUGUGUAUCAUGUUCAGUUGUCAGAGUGAACAAACGUAUCUCAGCUUUGGUUUGGAGACUGAUGCUUUCUAAAAGGGAACCUGCGGUACAAAGAGGGGGUAUCAGACCCAAAUGAACAACCCCAAAUCCAGUGGCUUUAUGGGAGAUACAAUGAUUUUGAAGCUCACCUGGCUGAGGUCUAAACGUCAGCUGCUCUGAUGUGUAACCGUUCUUUAAAAAAAAUCUCUCACUAUACCCCAGGCUUUACGAAAAUAAAAGCCAAACUGGUAGAGGACCACUUCAAAACUUGUUUUAUUCCUACUUCGCCACACGAAGUAUUCAAAUAACCCAGAGACCAAUAGGACCAAUGGACGGUAACCCAGUCUUGAACCUCCCUUUACUUUCUCCCCCACUUGUCUCUCAUAUCUGUUGAUCCCUCUCUUAUCUGAGUUGCUGCUUCUGGUGCAUAUGUACGAACUAACAGCCCAUCAGCUGUGUAGCCAUCACUAAUGCUGUUCUACUCUAUAAGUGCUCUUAACUAUCAGCAUGCUUCAGGAAAUAUCUUCACCGACUGUUACUGUUUUCACUUCUAUACACAAUCUUAUAAAAUCUAUACAAUCUUGCAUUUCAUGUCAGCUGACUGUGAUAUUAAAUAUGUGUUGUCCUCUGCUCA